UGCAGUGAUAGGAAGCAACAGGCAUGGUAUAAACCACGUCGUUGGCUAUGAUCUUCGUGUAUCUUGCUCUUCGUCGCGCAUGUGCGGCAUGGACGCGCUGUGAGCUCUCCACCGCCGAAGUGGGGCAAAUGCGCAACUGCUGGCUGCGCCUGCUCAGUCUCUGCCAGUGUCCAUAUAAACAAACCAUCCCCUGAGUAUAUCGACUUGCUCUACAUUGCUUCGAUUGCGAUUCCCUUUUCUUGAUACCCCGCCACACAUUUACCCCGCUUGCACCAUGGAAGCCAUCAAGAACACCGUCAACGAGGCCCUCGAGAAGCUCAACCUCACCGGAGGCGCACACGCUGCUCCUUCCAAGGAGCCCACAGAGGAGCAGCUGAAGGACCUCCAGUCAACGUACGAGAAGGCCGGACAGGAGCAGGUCUUCGCUUUCUACGACAAGCUCAGCACAGCCGAGAAGGCUACUCUCUUCGAGCAGCUCUCCAACUUCAACCCCGACUACAUCAACGAGAUCACGGAGAGGGCCCUGAAGCCUGCACAGACCGAGUCGACCGAGACAAAACUCGAGCCUCUCCCCGAGAGCGCCACAUCGUCGACCCUUGAUACACAGCAGGAUGACCUGGACAAGUGGUACAACAGCGGUCUCGAGCUGAUCGCCGAGGGCAAGGUCGCCGUUGUCCUGAUGGCUGGUGGUCAGGGCACACGACUGGGCUCUUCAGACCCCAAGGGUUGCUUUGACAUUGGCCUUCCUAGCAAGAAGUCUCUGUUCCAGCUCCAGGGUGAGAGGAUCGCAAAGGCCGAGUUGCUGGCCAAGAAGAAGCAUGGCAAGGACAGCGUCACCAUCCCCUGGUACGUCAUGACCUCUGGCCCCACAAGGAAGCCCACCGAGGCCUUCUUCGAGAAGAACAGUUAUUUCGGCCUGAAGAAGGAGAACGUCAUCAUCUUCGAACAGGGUGUGUUGCCCUGCAUCUCAAAUGACGGCAAGAUUCUGCUUGAGAGCAAGUCCAAGGUUGCCGUUGCCCCCGACGGUAAUGGUGGUCUCUACCUCGCUCUCCUCAACUCCGGCGUUGUCCAGGACAUGGGCAAGCGCGGCAUCCAGCACAUCCACGCCUAUUGCGUUGACAAUUGCCUUGUCAAGGUCGCCGAUCCUAUCUUCAUCGGUUUUUCCGCCUCGAAAAAUGUCGACAUUGCCACCAAGGUCGUCCGCAAGCGCAACGCCAAGGAGUCUGUUGGUCUCAUUCUGCAGAAGAACGGCAAGCCUGAUGUUGUCGAAUACUCAGAGAUCGACGACGAGACAGCGGAGGCUAAAGACUCGAAGAACUCUGAGCUCCUGAAGUUCCGUGCCGCCAACAUCGUCAACCACUACUACUCCUACAAGUUCCUCGAGAGCAUCCCCGAGUGGUGCAAGAAGCUGCCCCACCAUGUUGCCCGCAAGAAGAUUCCCCAUGUCAACACCGAGACUGGUGAAACCAUCAAGCCCGAGAAGCCCAACGGCAUCAAGCUCGAGCAGUUCGUCUUCGACUGCUUCCCCUUCCUCAGCCUCGACAAGUUCGCCUGCAUGGAGGUCAAGCGUGAGGAUGAGUUCUCUCCCCUCAAGAACGCCCGCGGCACUGGCGAGGAUGACCCAGACACAUCCAGGCUGGACAUCAUGACACAGGGCAAGAAGUGGGUACAGGCCGCCGGCGCAACUGUCGUUAGCGAAGACCCUAAGGCAGGCAUCGAAGUCUCGCCGCUGAUCUCAUAUGGCGGUGAGGGCCUCGAUUUCCUCAAGGAGCGCACCAUUAAGGCACCUGCCGUCAUUGAGUCUGAGAAUUAGGAAGACCAAAAGACAUGGAAUGAUGGCACUGCCGUACAUCUGGAGGAGCACAACUGGCGCCACACCGGGCCUGGUGAUUUGCAGAUGCCGCGACGCGUGCCCCUUAUCAAUCCUGUCAGGGAUGACGACCGUUCACAGUCGACUGGUCCACCCAAAAAGAUAGAAUGGGAGUGACUCAAUGGAACACAAUGAGCGCUCGAAGAGCUACAACACUGAUCCAGUAUUGAACCUGCCCUGAUUAUGAUCUCUUCGCAUGCAGUCUCAUCAAGGCAGUGCCGUACCUGGCUGCUUUCCUUCCCGUGCUGCAACAGUAGCAUUGCCGAUGAGACAGCUGCCACGAGUAACGAAUGCUGCCGUCGCAGUCC